AUGAGUUACAAAGGGAUUCCGGUGUGUCCCGUGCAGCCGAGUAUCGAUCCUCGCCUCUAUUUUGAAGAGCUGGAAUGUGAUGCCUUUCGUAGGGAAAAGAUUCUCCAGCGAGUCCUGCGAAACGUCAACAGCCAAUUGCUGGUGGUGCGGCCGGAUUUGAACGUCGCGGCUUUUGAAGAUGUGACAGAUCAGGAGAUGAAAUCUGGCAACGGAAUGCACUUCAGCAUCCACUGCUACAAAACCACCACCCCCUCAGCAGGGCUGCCUGUCGCGUUCAGCGUCCUGGUGGAAGACAAGAGCUACUACAUGUGUUGUGAGGAAGAACGUGGGAGAAUCACAGUUCGAUUUAAGGAAGGAAAAGUUCCUGCAGAAUUUCCUGGUGAAAGUAACAUCAUCUUUUUCAAAACGACAUUCACACCUGAGAGCUCCAGAGCAUUUAAAUUUGAAUACUCCCUGAAACAAGGGAUGUUUUUGGCCUUUCAGCAAGAAGAUGGCUUAAGAAAAUUAAUUCUAAAGAAAGUGUCAAGAGGUGAAGUGGAUGAGACCGUGAAGAUUUAUCCAGGUUAA